AUGCCUGGGAAACGCCCGCGCUUUGUUCGGUCCUCAACUAGCUUUUACGACUUGAGUUCUCUCCACGAGCCCCUGCCGCUGCCACCACCGGAGCAGCGGCUGCAGAUGAAGCCACGGCGCUAUCCCAAGAAAGUUCCCGUGGAAGAGGAUGAUGCGUCUCAACCGGCAUGGUCGCCCAAUAUGGAGAACGGCCAAGGGCAGAGUGGCAAUUUCCUUGAUAGAUGUAACUACUGCAGAAAGAUCCUUAGCGAGAAAGAUAACAUUUAUAUGUACAGGUACGCCUAG